UGGAAAUAUUACAUUCAAAUAUUAAAUUAAAAGUAUAGAUUUCAGCUGCCGGAGUGAAGAAGUUGGCGCCAUGCCGGUACGGCGCGGUCAUGUGGCGACACAGAACACCUUCCUGGACACCAUCAUCCGCAAGUUCGAGGGUCAGAACCGUAAGUUCAUCAUCGCCAACGCCCAGGUGGAGAACUGUGCCAUCAUCUUCUGCAACGACGCCUUCUGCGGGCUCUGCGGUUACACCCGGGCUGAGGUGAUGCAGAAGCCGUGCACCUGUAGCUUCCUGUACGGACCCCUCACCAACAGACCGGCGGUGGCGCAGAUGACCAAAGCUCUCCUGGGAGCUGAGGAGAGGAAGGUGGAGAUUACUCUCUACACCAAGGAAGGUGUGUGUCUGCCCUGCCUGAUAGACGUGGUCCCUGUCAAGAACGAAGACGGUCUGGUCAUCAUGUUCAUCCUCAACUUUGACCUGGCUACUGACCCUCGAUCCAUGGACUCCUCUCCAACCAGAGAACUGAACAGAGUCCUGAGGAUCCCCCGGCUGACUCUGGCUUGCCGGCAGCGCUUUCGCCUCCUCCUCCAGUCCUUCAGUCCAGGACUGGGUGGAACGUCACAGGACACAGAGCUGGGUGGCCCACAUGCUAGUCUUCCUCCCCUGGGACACGAGUCGGUGGCCUUGGAAAAACUGUUGUCCUUCCCCGAGAGACAGCAGCUGGACGAGGAAGGAGGACUACUGCUGUGGGGCAAAGAAGACCUGGAAGUCUCGGUACCUGCUGGACGAAAAACUGAGAGCGACCAAGAGAGAAGAGAGCCAUGCGAAACAGGAACACCUCCACCUGGUCCACGUGACCCACGUAACCCAGGUGGUCCACCUGACCCACGUGAUCCACGUGACCUAGGUGAUCCACCUGACCCACGUGACCCAGGUGAUCCACGUGAACCACAUGAUCCAGCCCCAGCACCACCAACUCUGACUGACCUGACCCGGACCUCCUCUCGUGCUAGUGCCAGAUGUGUGAAGUUAAAACUUUCCUCUUCGGUGGACGACGUGAAGAGUGGACAUACUUCCUGGGACAGGAAGCUGCAGAGUCGUCACACCUGCACAGCGGGGUCAACCACCAGCAGGAAGACCAGCGCACCAGCUGGGACUCUGGACUCCUAUGAGGAUGUGUGGAGGUCCAGCAACCAGCAGGUGAGCCACAGUUUACUGGACACCAAGACGGACGCUUUUGUGACGCUUCCUCCGGGGGAAAUCAGACCUCCGGGCAAACUGAUGGGCAGAACCCACCACGUCACUGAGAAAGUAACCCAGGUUCUAUCGCUGGGUGCUGACGUGUUACCAGAGUACAAGUUGCAGACCCCCAGGAUCCAGAAGUGGACCAUCCUGCACUACAGUCCUUUCAAAGCCGUGUGGGACUGGGUCAUCCUGCUGCUGGUCAUCUACACCGCCAUCUUCACGCCUUACUCCGCCACCUUCCUCCUCAGCGACCAGGAGGAGGCGGCCAUGCGAGCUUGCGGUUAUUCCUGUUCCCCGCUCAAUGUGGUGGAUCUCAUCGUGGACAUCAUGUUCAUCGUCGACAUCGGCAUCAACUUUCGCACCACGUAUGUGAACUCCAAUGAUGAGGUGGUCAGCCAAUCCUCACGUAUAGCAGUGCAUUACUUCAAGGGCUGGUUCCUCAUCGACAUGGUGGCUGCUAUUCCCUUUGACCUCCUCAUCUACCGCUCAGGAGAGGAGGUGGUUAGGGGAGGUGGAGAGGGAGAGACAACCACCCUGAUUGGCCUUUUGAAGACAGCACGGUUGCUACGAUUGGUCCGCGUAGCCCGGAAGUUGGAUCGUUACUCAGAGUACGGCGCGGCUGUGCUCUUCCUCCUCAUGUGCACCUUUGCACUCAUCGCUCACUGGCUUGCCUGCAUCUGGUAUGCCAUAGGAAACGUGGAGCGGUUAACCUCGGCUGGGAUCGGUUGGUUGGACACUCUGGCGGACCAGCUGGGAAGGCCUUACAACAACUCCGUCAUGGGGUCAGGUCCCUCCAUACGAGAUAAAUAUGUCACAGCUCUUUAUUUUACUUUCAGUAGCCUGACCAGCGUGGGCUUUGGGAACGUGUCCCCAAACACCAACUCCGAGAAGAUCUUCUCGAUCUGCGUUAUGCUUAUUGGGGCUCUGAUGUAUGCUAGUAUAUUUGGCAACGUGUCGGCUAUAAUCCAGCGGCUAUACUCGGGUACCGCACGCUACCAUACUCAGAUGAUGAGAGUCCGGGAGUUCAUUCGUUUCCAUCAGAUUCCCAACCCUUUGAGACAGCGGCUAGAAGAAUACUUCCAACAUGCGUGGUCCUACACUAACGGCAUCGACAUGAAUGCAGUUCUAAAAGGCUUUCCAGAAUGUCUCCAGGCAGAUAUUUGUCUCCACCUCAACAGAACUCUGUUGCAGAACUGUAAAGCGUUCAAAGGGUCUACGAAGGGCUGCCUGAGGGCCCUUGCUAUGAGGUUCAAGACCACUCACGCGCCACCCGGUGACACUCUGGUACACGCCGGGGACCUGAUAUCAGCGUUAUACUUCAUUUCAAGAGGAUCUAUCGAGAUUGUGAGAGGGGAUGUGGUGCUCGCUAUUCUCGGAAAGAAUGAUAUCUUUGGGGAGCCAAUCAACCUUUUCGCCCUGCCGGGGAAGUCAAGUGCGGACGUGAGAGCGGUGACCUACUGCGAUCUUCACAAGAUGCACAGGGAUGACAUGCUGGAGGUUUUGGACAUGUAUCCAGAAUUUAGCGAAUAUUUCUGGUCCAAUUUGGAGAUCACCUUCAACCUCAGAGACGUGCAUAGUGAACCUGCAGGCCUGCUGACCGGAGAAGAAUCCAACUGGAAGCCAAGACUCUGCUCCACUCGUUCAGGUGAACCGCUCAGAGCUGCGAACAGGUGCAGUCCGAGUCAGCAUCAGUGGGAGAACCGUGACCGACACAAACCUGCAAUAUCUAGUCCUGGGUUCUCCAGCGAGGACGAGGCAGAAGAUUCUGAGCUGAUCAGCUCAGUUCAGAAUUCCACGGUGGAAUCUACGACCCCAAGAACCAGGAAAUGUCCUGGAACUGACCGUGGAGACAAAGUCUGUCAUUAUCUGACAGAUGCCCUCUCAGGAGUCGCUAACAUCUUCUCCUUCUGCGGACCGGAAGUUGGAGAAGAGCAACGAUACCAAGAGGUCCCCUGCUCCCACGGGCUAAUCUCACCGCCUCCUCAGCUUCGCUUGGACCUGGCUUCGGAGGAGCCUUCCUACCGUUCCAAAGAUUCCAGCCCUCCUCCUCGUCUUCCGAGCCCUGGCGUUCCUCGGACACAGCAAAAAGUGCUGGAAAACAGAUUGGAGACCAUGCAGAAACAGAUCAGCAGGUUGGAGUUCCGCGUGUCGGCAGACAUCAGGCUCGUCAUGCAGCUGCUUCAGAGGCACAUGUCAGCAGUCCUGCCCCCUGACGACACGUCACCAUCAACAGUCCCGCCCCCUGACGACACGUCGCCAUCUUCAGUCCCGCCCACCGUCCCACUGCCCGCCCCACACCCGACCCUCCCAGCAGCCCCAAUCUGCCCAGAAAGUGGACAUGCGCAGCGUUCAACAUGGAAUAUGAUUUCCUGCGAUCCUUUCAUCCCCUUAGCUUUGUUUUCUCCCAGAAUGCCUCACUCCACCUCUCACACACUUUUGUCCAGCUCUCCUGCAGACGUCGGCGUCAGCACACCCACUGGAGCAUCACAGGAUGAGGUCACCACAGACAGACCCACACAAGACCAAACAUGACUUCCUUCUUCUCGCCAUCGUCCUCUGAUGCUAAAGUAUCUUCAGGCAACAACAACAACAACAACAACAGCAGCAACAACAAAAACUACAAC